GUUUAGGCAUGGGGAGUGGUUAGGGUAAGAAUACCAAGGUAAGCCAAUCAGAUUAAGAAAAAUGCGGGCCGCGAGGCACGUCCCGUGACGUCGACACUUCUAGCGGAUCCGAUCUAGCAUCUACCGGGGAAGUGUGGCGGUGAAGAGACAGAGGCCGCCCAAAGCACAACUCUACUGUGUGCAGUAACAGAGUGAGAGAUUAGAUGUGACUGCUGAAAUGCUGCUGGAACGUCAGUGUAAAAUUUGACGGUGCUAUUUUGGAGAUGCUGCCAUAAAUACGAAAUUACUGGUUUGUCAAUACACACAGGACACAAAUACCAUUAUGGGCCAGCUGUUCUCAUCAGAAGAAGAGCUUUCUCAAGUGAAGGAUGCGAUUGGUUCUCUCCUCUACAAUGCCAUGUUGGAGGGCGGUGCCGUACCUGUCCUCGGAGUCGUCCACCCUCUUCUCCUAGCCAAUCACGAUGAGAGCCUUGACUCCCAGGCCGCCAGCCUCCAGGAACAACUACAGCAGCUGCAGGGCGACAUUGGGAAGAGGGCGCCAACCUACCUGAAGGAUCUGAUUGGCCGAUUGGCAUCCUUUUCAGAUGAGCCACGCCUGGCCGGCCUGGUGGGAUUGGUGGUUACUAUGGUGAUGGACAUGGCCUACUCGUCAUCGAAACAGUCAUCAGGUGUGAAAGGGAAGUCAGCGGGGUCAUCAUCAUGCCAGAGAGUUUGGGAGCUCCAGGAGGUGAUGGAGGAGUACCUGAAGCGCUGCAGGAUCAACCUGAGUGACAAAAGCAGGCUGAUCCAGGACUCCAUUCGACUUGAGGCCCAGCUCAGCCUCACCCUCACCCAGCUGAAGACCUGUCUGCUGGGGGGAGACUGUGACUCCAGGUCUCUGAGGCACUGGGCCAGUGGAGCAGCAUUUCACACCCAGAUGUUGGUUCACCUGGCUGGUUUUGAGGGCCAGGCUGAGCCGCUGGCUGCAAGGGCUGCACUGGAGCAAUACAAGGAAGACCUCACCCAGAUCAUACCUGCUUACAGGCGUUAUAAGUCUAAUUCAGUGUGUGUCGUGAAAUGUCGAGGGGGUCUGGCAUCAUGUGACCCCUCCAGCGAGGUGCCAGAGGAGGGAUCCAUGACGGGACUCACUGUGACAGACAGAGAGACAGGAAAGAGUGUGACCAUCCCUCUAUCCGCUAUCAAGACAGAGACAGGGAGAAGAAGGACCGUCUCUGGGCUGGAUACCACCUCUGCAACUGUGUCCUCCUCCAUUAACCUGGACCUUAUCACGUCAGAUCAGUACGCCCAGGCAUACCUGCACCAUUUGUUCUCUGAUAAGGGACCUGUGGCAGAGCUGGAGAACUACUUUAUCAAGGCUAGUGUCAAUCUGAGAACACUAAGAAUUGAACCAGGAUGUACAAAUAAAACAGGGGUGGGAAAUGGUAUGGAACAAAGUGAUGGAGUGCAUCUUAAUGAUCGGGCACAAGGCAUUGAUGGGGAACAAAGAGUGGACAGGGGCAAAGGAGAUAAUCGGGGAAAGACGGACAGGAGAGAAAGACGAGACGAGACGGAGAAAAGUGAGCAGAGAGAUGAAAGUUUGCAACUCAGUAUUGUGGAGACGCAGCCGGAUGAGAGCCUCAAUCAUCAUGCAACAAGUACAUGAAAGCCAUGACUAGACAGCAGCAUCAGAAAGUGCCCGUCCUUUAUUGAAGAGAAACAUUAAACUAAACUCCGAAACAUGAAGGAUUUUUGCAGUGUUGUUUGUCAUUUAUUCAGAGAGCUUAUAACCUACUGCUGGAAAGAAGCUGAAUGGCGGUUUUGCUGAUUUGUCUGCAAUGAUAUAUAUACUACUAAAGUGUCAACCCUGGCCAAAAAUCAACUUUGGGCUUCAUGUGAUUUCUAUUAAGUGUGUUUCACACAGGCUUUUCAAACCUGUACAGUUUAAUAACACCUACUCUAAAGCAAUUUCAUUAAACAUUUACAACUUUCAAGGAAAGAGUUUGGUUGUGUAAUAAAAACAUUUUUGGCUGUA